AUGAACUUCACGGUCUACUUCCCGCCCGCCGCGGAAGCUGCCGACGCGAAGCUUCCAGUGUUGUUCUACCUCUCAGGGCUGACCUGCACCGACGAGAAUGUGAUCCAGAAGAGCGGCGCCCAGCGCGCCUGCGCGGCAAAGGGCAUUGCCUUUGUCGCGCCAGACACGUCGCCACGGGGGCUGGGGGUCGAGGGGGAGGCCGAGUCCUGGGACUUUGGCGUCGGCGCAGGGUUCUACAUCAACGCGACUGUUGACAAAUGGAAAAACUGGCGCAUGUAUGACUACAUUACCAAGGAGCUGCCCGAGCUGCUGGCGGCGCACUUCCCCACCCUAGACACCUCGAACACGGCCAUCAUGGGGCACAGCAUGGGCGGCCACGGCGCGCUGACGAUCGCCCUCAAGAACCCGGGAGCCUUCAAGUCCGUCAGCGCGCUCGCGCCCAUCUGCAACCCGGUCAACGUGCCGUGGGGCCAGAAGGCGUUUGCUGGGUACCUGGGCGACUCUGAUAAGGAGGCGUGGAAGCAGCACGACGCGAGCGAGCUUCUUGCCAGCUACACCGGGCCCAAGUUCCCUCUGCUGGUGGACACGGGCACGUCCGACCCCUUCCUCACGCGCGAGCUGCGCCCCGAGGCGCUGGAGGCUGCGGCGGAGAAGGCGGGGUUCCCGAUCACCUCAAGACUGCAGGAUGGCUACGACCACUCCUACUUUUUCAUAGCCUCAUUCAUUGAAGACCACAUAGAGCACCACGCCAAGGCCCUGCUGGGCUAG